AUGCCAAUUUCGGAGGAGCCUUAUUAUUGCCACGAGCAGAUUAAUAUUCCACCUCUUCUACCAGACAUUUUGAAGCAAUUUACAAAGGCGGCUAUCCGAACGCAACCGAAAGAUCCGCUCGUGUGGUCAUAUGAAUAUUUUAAAGCACUUGCACACAACGAAGUUCCUCCAGUUAAGGAACGUUUGGAAAUGGCAAUUUCUUCGCAAAAAACUGACACUGGACUGACUCCUGGUUUGCUAAAAAUAUUGCAUAAUCAGCUUGGUGGUUUCCAACGUGUUAACCUUUGCAAAAUUGAGGAAAAAUGGCUUGCACUGGCUCUACCUUUGGAACGACUACAAGAAAUUUGGCGCAUUGGCAACUUCGGGGAUGAUGCUCGUUGGCUUCACUUUUUUGCUAUUGCGGCCACUCAAGUUGCUCCAACACUGGCAACUACAAUGAAACUACUAUGUGAGUUAUUAACUUCGGAUCCCGAGGGUGGCCCUGCCCGGAUUUCGUUCGAACUUUUCAGUGACCUUUAUCGAUACCUCGCACAAAUCGAUGGGAACAUUCCUCUGGCACACCAAGAACAGGUUCUCACUUACCUUACCUUUGAUGUGUACGUUUGUCGACGGGCAGAGCUAUGA